AUGUCAAAUCGCCUCUUUGACAAAGUGGCCAUCGUCACCGGCUCCUCUUCUGGACUUGGCCGCGCCAUCUCCCUGGCAUACGCCCAUGAAGGAGCAAAGGUAGUCUGCGCAGAUCUGACUCCCUCGGCACGAAUGGAUAUCCAGGGUGAAGCCGAAAUCGACACACAUGUCCUGAUUCAAAAAGAAGGUGGACAGUCCAUCUUUGUUACAACGAAUGUUGGUGAAGCGAGUGAUAUGGAAGCCCUUGUGCAAGCCGCGACGAAAGAAUUUGGAAGGCUAGAUGUAUUGGUCAACAACGCUGGUGUGGCUAUGGAAGCCCGUGGCGCCAUAGCUAGGUGCCACGAAACAAACGAAGAGUUGUGGGAUACCACGAUGAGAAUCAAUUCAAAGUCUAUCUUCCUAGGAUGCAAAUACGCCAUUACACAGAUGCUUGCUCAGGAGCCUCAUUCGUCUGGAGAUAGAGGGUGGAUCAUUAACAUGUCCUCUAUCAUGGCGACGGUUGCAGGAAAUGCAACUCCAUCUUACUGCGCAUCAAAGGGAGCAGUCAGUAGCUUGACUCGACAAGUUGCCCUCGACUAUGCUGCGGACAAGAUCCAUGUAAAUGCUAUUUGUCCCGGGUAUAUUCAGACUGCUAUAUACGAGGAAGUGUUGGCAGCGGGCGGGAGUGCGGAGAAUUUGCGGCAAAGGCACCCUUUCAAUGGACCGGGCAAGCCAAGUGAUAUUGCUAAAAUUGCGGUCGUAUUGGCGAGUGAUGAUGCCAGCUGGGUGACUGGAGCGUCUUGGCUUGUGGAUGGAGGCUAUACUGCGCGUUAG